AUGGUCAGUUCAACCAUCACGCUAGAUAAGAAAUCAUCGUCAUCAUCCUCAUCAGCAGCAGCAACCACAAACGCUUCUACAGCACAGGCCUCCGCCGAGCAGAGCAUCAUCUCCAUCCCGCUGAACGCGAGCGCAAGCACCAACGGCACCGGAAGCGACCCUGCGUCGGUAUCGGCGUUGAAUCUCAGCGAACAGAAAAUUUCCAUUUUGUUCCCAAAAUGCAAACCUAGAAGUGCUGAGCACUGUCAUACAAACUCUUCUAGCGCUGGUGGUGCCAACAACAAUAAUUUGAUCGCUAACAACAUCAACAGCAUGAGCAUAAUUACCAGUAACAGCAAAUCGGACAUGACGGGCACAUCGUCCUCGCUAACUACACCCACCUCGCUCGCAUCAUCGUCAUAUACGUUCAACAGUAAGUCUUACGGAAUGGAGUCUAACUCGUUCAGAUCCUCCCUUGGCAACAGUGUAGCUGGUUCCGGGUAUGAUCUGUUAGGAGACAAAUCAGACUUUAGCUCACGGAUGAACAACAAUCACUAUGAAAGCAGUAGCCGCAACAAUACUAGGCACACCUCCACCUCCGUGGACAAAUACAGCUUCUACUACAACAAUCAACCACCGCCUCUUUCCGUGUCCCCCACGGAGAAUAACGCCAACACCGUCGGAGGCGGUGGUAGCCAUUUUCUACCUUCGGACGACGAAGAGGAUGACGAGGAAGAAAUACACAAGGGAAGCUAUCCCCACCAUAGUUACUACGGCGGUCGUCAAUCGCACUACUAUAAUCUUCCAAAGCAAGAUCCCGGAACGCCUAGUAGUUCUUCGCGCUAUCACUGGGACUUGUCACCCAGCAGUGCCCUGCCGUAUUCGGCGCCAAUUUCAUCCGCAACAUCAACGACCGCAAAGCGAUCGUCGCUCAAGCCUUCCUACACUCAAGUUCUGCAAUCUCCGCUGGAAGAUGAAAGCGAUGUCGAAGAUCGGCUGAAGUAUUUUAACUACCAAAACGAAAUGCACAAUAGUGGCCCACUCAAGACAAGCAUUAGUGAUAAACCAAGUGUAGCCAGUGGAAUCUACUGCAAUUACCAAACUAAUGAAAUGAUAGUUUUCAACGAUAUCGAGGAAGAACAACGGCGUGUCCAACAACAGCCAUCAAAGGAAACUUCGACCGGAGCAGGACUUCGAGUAACUGCCACGGUGGAUGAACUAGAAACGGGAAUGAAUAUUCAUCAUAGUCAUCAUCAUCAUCAUCACCAUCGCUAUCAGCUGUCAACGGAUAGUAGCGGUGCUAACAGUAGCAGUACUGUCCUUGCUGGCAAGGUGGAUGACAACGGUGUACACAAACCGACGGACGCUGCGGUUAGCUCUGGAUCGAACAUAAUGGAAUACGAGGGGUCACCGCGACGUUUUGGACUCAGUUUGAACGAGGACAGCCCAUCGUACUAUAUUUCGUCGAAUUUUAAGCUCAAUUUGACUUCCCCAUCGCUACUAACACCGCCACGUCCAGGCUUCCCACAGCGCGUAAUGCCGGCAACUGCCACUAGUAACAACAGUAACAACAAUAACAAUAACAACAACAACGCAAACAGUCCCAGUGCCGACACAACCCCUACGCCAACGAGUACUAGCAAUAGCCACUACCACCUGACACGGUCGCCCACGUUGCUUGAGCAGGUCAGUUCCGGACUAAACAGUUCGGUCACUUUCGACGCCAAUGCACUGCUCAGUGAGUUCGAUGCCAAACGAGCUGCCGUCAGUGCGGGUACAAUCGACGUUAGUAGCAACUCCACGAUGACAGCUGCCCCGGGCCUAGAAGCGAACAAGCUCAACGUGAUAAGACUGGAAAAUGAUUACCGCAGCUCCCAGUCGCUGGACCAGGAGCUGCUUCCCACGAAGCAGUCCACACCAGAAAGCAAACCGACGCUGGGCUUGUCCUGCACCACAGCCGACGAUAAUCCGACGCUAGGAGCGGGCUCCUUCACCACACCCAUCACCGCUUCGUCCACGUUCGACUAUCUGUACGAGUUUUCCGAGACGCGAAAAGUGCUGGAGGAGUUUUUCAAGUGUCCCACCACCGAAGACGUGGAGAAGGCGUUCGAGAAAUUCAGCGACUACAACGAGAGUGGCGACGACGUCGAGAGUCUGGACAUCCAUUAUGAGUAUCCGAGCGAGCUGGACAGCAAAAGGCUGGAGACGACCUACAUCGGUGGGUCCGGUGCGGAUCACCACCAGCAGCAGCAACAGCAGCAAAUGACGAUGACGCCAGCGGCAACAUUGUCCGGUACCGGCAGAGGAGAGCAGCGUGACCAAACCAUUUUACCGGCUGCAGCACGCCAAUCGCCAAUCAAUAAUAAUAACAGCGACGCCGACGGGGACGAUGACGAUGUUGUCGACGAGGGUAACGAUGGUGAAGAGGACGGCGAUGACGAUGAGGAAGAGGACGAUGAGGAUGGCGACCUGGCCAGCGGUAUCGGAAAUAAUCUGAAGUACAUGAUCAAUAUGAAUAACAAACCACGGAUUAAAAAUGGUUACAGCAGCUUUCGAAAGAAAAAACAGGAAAAGAAAGUGGCAAGCGGCGGCAUUGUAAAUGCGUCACCGGAAAAUGUGCCCUCUGGCGCAGUGAACGAGAACGAUAACGAUGGUGAGGAUGAGGAAGAGAUUGAUAUUUAUAGCGCAAAUCAGCAUCAUCGAAGCUACCAUCAGCAGCAACGGGUGCAGCAACAACCGACUCAGGAACAACAUCAGCAACAUCUACGACAGCACGUUACUUUGCAACAGCAACAACAGUAUUCAGGCCAGUACCAGGAACAUGAACGUCAUUUUAGCAUGUACUUGGAUCCCGGAAGUCGUGCCAGUAGUUGUGAUGUGAUUAACGAAAGCAAUCUUGACACAACGCAGUUCAUGGCUAACGGAAACGGAAAAAAACUUAAAACUAGCAAUAGCGGAAAGAAACCAUUGACUCGUCGACAUAGUAAAAACUUCAACUAUUCACCGGAUACAACCGACUACGAGAGCAACUGUGGCGAUUACGAUAGUGAAACAUCACUCAAAUAUGGAAGCGAUUUCGGAAUGAUGGCAAACGGUGGCAGCGGAAUGGUUUGCGACGAUCUGAGCAACGGAGUUAUAACUUCAUGCUCUGCUAACGUGAACAAUUCGACAUUGCCGAAUAAUGAUGGCAUAGGAAGCGGGCAGCCCCCCCUGGGAGGCGGAGGUAAUUAUUCCCGCUACUACACCAGCAUGCCCGUGCUGGAGGAUGGUCUAUCUAGCGGUCAUGUGUCGGACACGGAAAAUAAUAAUCCAAUUGCUCUGCCGACGCCGGAUCUAAUCAACAGCAGCCACAAACUGCAACAGGUAACUAACUCAUACAGCCUACUUACAUCGCCCACGAGCCAAACCGUGAAGCCGACUAGUUCGUCACCGGUGAUAGCCACCAACCACAGCAGCAACUCCUUAGAGGGUCUGUACGGUAGCAACGGUAUCCGGAUGAAUGGUAAUCUCUCCGGUGGACUUAACUCGAGUACUCUGCAGAACAACAAGAUCUUUAAAAACCGAGACCCGGAACUAGAGUCGCUGUACACUAUCAAUACUAUCCAAUCAACGCCUCCUCCGCCUGCCCCAGCACCGCACCGAAAGUCUUCGAUAGAUUGUGAAACGCAGUCAACACUUCAGCAAAUGCACAACCAGCACACGUCACAGUCCGAAGUGCAGGCAGCCCUCAAGGACAUUCGGACCUGCUUGCAGCGCACUAAAACUCUAGCAUCUCCAACACAGCCUCAAACGAACUGUCCAUCGGCUCAGCACCAGCAGCAGCAGCAACAGCAGACCACCGUUAAGAGCUACGACAAACACUCGAUGCUGCCACCGGAGAAGCUAGUAGAGUCCCCAGUUCCAUCGAUUUCCCCCGUGUGGAUUCCUCGGCGUGGGGACGGCAAAUUGGUUACACUGUCACCCACUAACGUGAGCAAACCCGGUAUACUAUUACCGACGACACCUACCACGGGAGGACCGACCGAGCGCUCAACCAACAUGGCGACAGAGAAAGACUCGCUGUUACUCGGAUCUAGCGCUAAGAACUUAAGUGCUCUUGAUGAUGACGAGGAUCCGGACACGGAUCUGGAAACAGAUCGCCUUUUGGGCCAUCAAAGGUUGGAUGACCAAGGUUUCUACGAUGAUAACAACAAAAGUUGGGCCGAUCGUAGAGCACGCUCCUUGCUGCACAAACUCUCUCCAAAACAGCAAACCGUUCCAGGUGGUGUCUCUUGUGGUAGCACGAUUUACUCCGGUAAACCGAACAGUAACCAGGGCUCUUUGCUCAGGCAAGGCCUUUCGACGUUACUUUCGCCUACGAGUGCAGUCUCUCAGUCCACCCAACCCGGACAACCGCUGCCAGAAAUUGUUACUUCUAGCAAAGCUUCCCCGGCUAUGCUAGGAAGCGGAGGAAAUGGACCCAGCCAGAAUAGCAGCAGUAUAAAUAGUAGCAAUAACAGUGGUAACUUAAUUAAUUUAAAUGGCCCGAACGACACUAGUGCUAUAUCACCAGAUCACAGUCGUCAAACAUCGCCGAUUAAGUUGGAUAAUAAAACUAACGAAAGUACAAGUCCGAAUGGAUCUAAUAACUCUAAGUCGGAUACGGACAAGAAGAAAAAAGGGAAAAACAAGGAAGGUAAGUAACCAAUGCUCAUCGAAGGAGUGCUAUUUCGAGCUCGUUAUCUGGGCUCCACUCAGCUGGUAUGUGAGGGUCAGCCGACUAAAUCGACACGUAUGAUGCAGGCCGAAGAGGCUGUUUCUAGAAUAAAGGCGUUGUCACCAGAUGGCGAACCCCAACCCAGCACCGAAGUGGAUCUUUUCAUUUCGACGGAAAAAAUAAUGGUAUUGAAUACGGAUUUGAAGGAGAUUAUGAUGGACCAUGCACUAAGAACGAUCUCCUACAUUGCGGAUAUUGGGGACUUGGUAGUGUUGAUGGCUCGCCGGCGCUUCGUCCCACAGGACGUAGACUCCGGGGACUCCGGCGGCGGUGGUGGCCCUGCGCAAACUGGAACGAAUCAAACCAGUACAACCCCACCGCAGAAAAGUGCCGUCGGGCCGAAGGGCAACCGAACACCGAAAAUGAUUUGCCACGUGUUCGAAAGUGAGGAGGCACAGUUUAUUGCUCAAUCGAUUGGUCAGGCUUUUCAGGUGGCCUAUAUGGAGUUCCUUAAGGCAAACGGAAUUGAGGAUCACAGUUUCAUGAAGGAAAUGGAUUACCAGGAAGUGCUCAACAGUCAGGAAAUAUUUGGCGACGAGCUGGAAAUUUUCGCCAAGAAGGAACUGCAGAAGGAGGUGGUAGUACCAAAGGCUAAAGGUGAAAUUUUGGGUGUCGUCAUCGUAGAGUCCGGCUGGGGUUCGAUGCUUCCGACUGUGGUUAUAGCCAAUCUAGCUUCGUCCGGUGCUGCGGCUCGCUGUGGCCAGCUAAACAUUGGCGAUCAGAUCAUAGCAAUCAACGGGCUGAGCUUGGUGGGUUUGCCACUGUCGACUUGCCAGAGCUAUAUUAAGAACACGAAGAAUCAAACGGUCGUCAAGUUCACGGUCGUUCCAUGCGCCCCGGUUGUAGAGGUCAAGAUCAAGCGACCCAACACCAAGUACCAGCUGGGCUUCAGCGUACAGAACGGAGUGAUUUGUAGUUUACUUCGCGGUGGAAUUGCCGAACGAGGUGGUGUUCGGGUCGGGCAUAGGAUAAUUGAAAUCAACAACCAAAGCGUGGUGGCCGUCCCACAUGAAAAAAUUGUGAACCUACUUGCUACAUCGGUUGGGGAGAUUUUGAUGAAAACAAUGCCGACAUCAAUGUUCCGUUUGUUAACAGGCCAAGAGAAUCCAGUAUACAUCUAA